UUAUUUCUGAAUUAUCUGAAAUAAUUACGCCCACAUGUAUAUGUUACGACCUAAAUUACUAGGUUCCAUAAAUAAUUUCUUUAGGUUUAGAAGUAUGAGUUCUCAAAAAGAACAAUCAAUCAAAAUUUUAGAGACUAUACCUUCAUUUAGAAGUUGGAGACAGCAAUUCAUAAAACAGGAUAAACAAGUUGCAUUCGUACCUACAAUGGGUUCAUUACAUGAAGGUCAUUUAAAUUUAGUGAAACAAGCGAGUGAGCAUUGUCCGAUAGUUGUAGUAUCAAUAUUCGUAAAUCCAGCCCAAUUCGGUCCAAAUGAAGAUUUAGAUAAAUAUCCUCGUACACUUUCACAUGAUUUAGAAUUACUUCGUUCAUUAAAUUGUGUCGAUAGCGUAUUUUUACCGAAAGUUAAAGAUAUUUAUCCAUCUGGUAUUCCACUUGAAAUCGAAAAGCAAAAAGGUACUUUUAUUGAAGUAAAAGGAAUAUCUCAUCAGUUAGAAGGUACAACUAGGCCAUUAUUUUUUCGGGGGGUAUCAACAGUAGUAGCAAAAUUAUUUAAUAUAGUGCAACCGAAUCACACAUUUUUUGGUCAAAAAGAUGCACAACAAUGUGCAGUAAUUCGCGCAUUAAUUUCGGAUUUACAUUUUCCUAUUGAAAUGCACGUUGGGGCUACCAAAAGGGAGCAUAAUGGAUUAGCAAUGAGUUCUCGUAACCAAUAUUUAACACCUGAAAUGCGUAAUUAUGCUACAGCGUUAUAUAACGCUCUAACUACCAUUAAAAAUGGACUUGGUAAAGGAGAAAGAAACAGAGAAAUAUUAUUGAGUAAAGGAUAUGAAAUAAUAGAGGAAGCUACUAAAACAGUUAAGGAAAAAAAUUUAGGGUUCGAGUUAAAACUAGACUAUUUAUCUGUAGCUGAUCCUACAACUUUAGAAGAAUUACAAGAGAUUGAAGAAGGAAAAGGCGCAAUUAUAUCGGGUGCUUUAUUUGUUGGAACAACUAGAAUAAUCGAUAACUUAUUAUUUAAUUGUACUUUGUAAUCUCAUAUUUAAUUCUCCUCAUAAUUAUUUAUUGUACUUUGUAAUCUCUUAUUUAAUUCUCCUCAUAAUUAUUUAAUUGUACUUUGUAAUCUCUUAUUUAAUUCUCCUCAUAAUUAUUUAAUUGUACUUUGUAAU